AUGGCCCCGCCUUCAAGCGCAUGUGUCAUGGGGCACAGAGUGAGCCGGUUCCAAGGGCACACGAGGCAUGGCCUCGGCGGCGCCGACGGUGCGGAUUGUCCUCUCCCACCGCUUUCCCCGCAGCCUCCACGGCGCAAGGCGGCGGCCCUGCUCUCCGCGGCCACGGGUAGCGGAACCCGCGGCGAUGCGCCCCCCGCGAGUGCUUCCCCGUCUCGCGUCCCCCCCGCCUCCCCACUUUCCGCCAUCGCAAGACGGUCCGGCGGCAGGGCGCAGGGCGGUGCGGUGCGGCACUCGCAGCACCGGCAGCAACUGCAACCGCAGCAGCAGCAGCAGCAGCAGCAGCAGCAGCAGCAGCAGCAGCAGCAGCAGCAGCAGCAGCAGCAGCAGCAGCAGCAGCAGCAGCAGCAGCAGCAGCAGCAGCAGCAGCAGCAGCAGCAGCAGCAGCAGCAGCAGCAGCAGCAGCAGCAGCGACAGCGAUAUGAGCGAGGUGCUGCCAGCAGCAAGUUCCUUGAACUGGACAGGCCGUGCGCCUCCCCUGCUGUGCCCCCCGGCACUGGUAAGGCGCACAGCCCAGCGCAUUCUGCGGAUUGCCUCCGCGCCCGGCAGUCUCGCACUCAUGGUGCUGGCCGCGGCGGAAGGCGCGAGCGCGACUAUUCACCCGGGAGUUCCCCCCAACAGCCCGCAAGCUUCCCCAUCCCCCGAAGCUCGUCCGCGGGCACGCCCCUUGCACCGGUCGCGCUUCUUGCUCCGCUGCCAUGCGCCACCCUUUCCGUGCCAGCAGCAGGAGCAGGAGCAACAGGAGCAAGAUUAGCAGGAGCGGUGGGAGCAGGCAUGUGCCACCGUGCUCCUCGUCGGCGUGCAGCGUCACUGGAUGAGACGGGAACAAGGAGACCGCCACACGCCUGGACACCCACCACAGCCGCUACAGCCGCCACACCCACCACACCCACCACACCCACCACAGCCGCCACAGUCGCCACAGCCGCUACAGCCACCACACCCACCACACCCACCACACCCACCACACCCACCACACCCGCCACAGUCGCCACAGUCGCUACAGUCGAUACAGCCGCUACAGCCACCGAAGUGGUCAGCAGCCAGUUGAGAAGGGGCGAUGACAGUAGCAGUGGCAUGGGAGAGGGAGGUAAGGGUGUAAGAUUACGUGCAGGGGAAGGUGCUAAGGCGCAGGGCGUCCGUUCAAGCGCAGCUUCCCCGGGUAAACUGCUGGGGAGCCAGAUUCCUGGUGGCGACCAGACAAUUCGUGGUAACCAGUUUUCGGCUGGUACUGGUGGUAACCAGACACCGCUUGGCAAUACCCUGGCUUUUGCUGGUAACCACUUCGCCAGGCACACCCGUAGCCGCAGUGGCAGCUCUGUUGGGUAUGAGGGCGGUGGGGGGCGUGCGCGAAUCCCGUCUGCCACUGCAGGUUUGGUGUCACUCGCGGCCACCUUCCCUGCUGCGAGCAUCCAUCCAAGGCAGAAAAGGGAGCGACUGGCAGCGGCGGCAGCAGACUUGGUGGCAAGAGCAGCAGCAGCGCGCACAGGAACCGUGGCGGUGGCGGGAGUGAUGCUGCUGGCAGGUCAGACAGAGGAAAGAGAACAGUGGGAGGAGGAGGUGUUGGUGGUGUUAAACCACGUAGAAGCACAACCAGCAGGAGCAGUGGUGGGAGCGACAGUGACAGCGGCAGCAGUGCAUGCACGCCCACCAUCAUGA